AUGAGGUUGAGGAGGAGGAGGCCGCUCGGAGUACCGGAAGAUCCGCCUUUCAGGAGCUGCCUCCCCUCGCCGCUGCUGCUCACGCCGAGCGCCAGUUCGCUUGACCCUGAGGCGGAGCCGUUCGUAGCAUCCCCUGGUGGAUCUGGGGGGAGGCUCCAUUUCUCUGACUCGGAGGCGUCGCUCGACGACUCUGACGCCGAGGCUCCUCAGUCGGGCCGCGGCAAGGCCGUGCUGCGUCCGCGGUGGCAGCGUCGUCGUCGCCGACGCGGCCCACGCGCGGGGAGGUUCAUGGGCGAUGCGCGGAGGGGCAACGGGGGUGGCCGGCAACUGCAGCCUCGCCAUCUCACCUCCAUUGUUGUCCACCCUCCCCGCAUGUCCAUGGCGCCGGACGCGGAGGGCUUCCGUCAGGUGCAGAGCAGGAGGCGCUGGCGUCGCGUCGCUUCUCCUCGACGGCCGGUGCCCUCGAACUUGGUCGGCUUGUGCUUCAAUUGCCUCGCCGGUGACCACGUGCAUGCCGACUGCACUUUCCCGGCCAAGUGCUACAACUGCAGGGAUGUUGGGCAUCAGGCGCGUGAUUGCCCUCAUCCUCCGGUCGCUGGUCGCUGGGAGGGCAAGCGUGGCCGUUCUCCGCCGCGCGCUUCGGGUUUCCGACUGGGCGCGCGCCGCCGUCGUUCGUCGCCUAGCCGCGGGGCUUCACCCGCGGACACGGUCUCCGCGCAUUCGGCCUCCACCGGCCGGGAGCCGUCGGUGCCUCCGAUGUGCCAGCCUCCCACCCCGGAACCCCAGGUUAACGAUCCGCCGGCUGGCAACGCUGGGCAGCCCCUGCCCGCCGCGGGUCCGUCUGAGGUCGCCGGGGAGGCUGUCGCUGAUGGGCCUCUGGAUCAGCCACCCGCGCCGGAAUUACCUCGGCUGAUUCCGCGCGCACUGCUGAGGACCCCGGCGCUGCAGGCCGCUGAAGAUGCUCUGUCCAUGGCCCUGCUCGCGCUCAUGGUCGGCACCAGGCCUGUGGUCACUCCGACCAUGGUUUUGGACCAUCUCGAGGAGCACUUCGGGAUCUCAGAUCACCGAGUCUCCGUCCGCCGUACGAGGCCGGAUGAUUUCAUCGUCCGUUUCAGUCGCCGCGAGGAUCUCGAGCGUGUUCUGAGCGCUGCGCCCCCAGAGCGGGCACCAUUCACCCUGCAAUGGCGACGUUGGAGUAGCUUGAUCAUGGGUUUGGCCGGCGCGUUCAGAUCAAUUCGCGGGCCCGUCGUGACGUUGUACGCAAGUUCUUGGCACAGGAGCGCGUAUCUGUCGUAUGUCUCUGGAAGGAAAAGAACAAGAGGACUUCAGAUGUUGUUGUUGGAGGUCGACAUCGACGCUCGGACGCUGCACCAGGAAGCGGAGGAGUGGAUCAAGGCUGGAUUCUCCUGCCUUGCAGCGCUUUGCCCUUACUGGUUGUCGUAA